CGGAAGCGGAAGUGGGCGCGGGAGCGGCGGCGGUGCUGGGCCGGUGGGGCCGGGCCGGGCCGGGCCGCAGCCGCCGAGCGCGGCGCGGAGGGACGCGGAGGGACGAUGCAUCACUGUAAGAGAUACCGGUCGCCGGAGCAGGAGAGCUACCUGGGUCACAGGUGGAAGAGGAAGAGGUCUCGUAGCAGAGACUACGAGGGGAGACUGCGAUACCCACCCCGGAGGGAUCUCGCCAGGAGAUCGCGAUCGAGAAGAGCCAGCGCUGAGUGGUGGCAGCUUUCAUUUCCUGACUGCGGAUCAGCUUUAAACCUCCAUGACAGGAUGCCUUAUCACAGGAGAUACAGGCGGGACAGCGAUGCCUACAGAUUUGAAGACCGAAGCCCGUCUUUUGGAGAGGACUAUUACUCGACCCGCUCACGAAACUGGCGGCGAUCCAGAGGCAGAGAGCAGCACCGUCCGAGGAAGCAUCAGCAUCACUGCCGGAAACGCAGGACCAGGUCUUGUAGCAGUGCCUCCUCGAGAAGCCAACAGAGCAGUAAGCGCAGCAGGAGCGUGGAAGAUGACAAGGAAGGCCACCUGGUGUGCAGGAUCGGCGAUUGGCUUCAAGAGCGAUAUGAAAUUGUCGGCAGCCUUGGUGAAGGCACUUUUGGCAAAGUGGUGGAGUGUGUGGACCAUGCCAGAGGCAAAUCUCAGGUGGCACUGAAAAUCAUAAAAAAUGUUGGAAAGUACCGAGAAGCAGCCAGGCUGGAAAUUAACGUCCUGAAAAAAAUCAAAGAGAAGGACAAGGAGAACAAAUUCUUGUGUGUCCUGAUGUCAGACUGGUUCAACUUCCAUGGCCACAUGUGCAUUGCCUUUGAGCUUCUGGGCAAGAACACUUUUGAGUUCCUGAAGGAGAAUAACUUCCAGCCAUACCCUCUCCCUCAGAUCCGGCACAUGGCCUACCAGCUCUGCCAUGCCUUGAGAUUUUUACAUGACAACCAGCUGACUCACACUGACCUCAAGCCAGAAAACAUCUUGUUUGUCAACUCGGAUUUUGACACUCUGUACAAUGAGAAAAAGAGCUGUGAGGAGAAAUCCAUUCGGAACACAAGCAUUCGUGUGGCAGACUUUGGAAGUGCCACCUUCGAUCACGAGCACCACACCACUAUCGUGGCUACCCGGCACUACCGUCCACCAGAAGUGAUUCUGGAGCUGGGCUGGGCACAGCCAUGCGAUGUCUGGAGUACCGGCUGCAUUCUGUUUGAGUAUUACCGUGGCUUCACGCUCUUCCAGACCCAUGAGAAUCGUGAGCAUCUUGUCAUGAUGGAAAAAAUCCUCGGGCCAAUUCCAUCUCACAUGAUCCACAAAACUCGGAAGCAAAAAUAUUUCCACAAUGGGAACCUGGUAUGGGAUGAGAACACGUCCGAUGGGAGAUACGUCCAAGAGAACUGCAAGCCCCUGCGGACAUACAUGCUGCACGACUCGCUGGAGCACGCACAGCUCUUUGACUUGAUGAGGAGGAUGUUAGAAUUCGACCCUUCCCGGAGGAUCACGUUCUCAGAAGCCCUCCUGCAUCCCUUCUUCGCUGGCCUCUCUGCAGAGGAAAGGAUGCUGUGCGGUCGAGGUGCCAGCCGGGACCUGAGCAGAUGACAGCUGGGGAGGGUGUGAUGCCUGCUGGAUUUGUACAUACGGGAUCGGUCUAGCCUCUGCAGUUCAGCUCCCCUUGCUCUCUUCUCCCAGAGUUCAGAGGGGCUGGGGCACUGUGACAAGGACCCUGGGUAGGGGAAGGGAAGAACAGCUACAUUGGAAAGCACAGAUUUGUCUAUUUAUAUGUUGUAAAGUUAAAAUAAAGUGUUUCUUAUUGUUUGAUA